ACAUAUCCUAGUAUUGAUUUGUUGACUCGUUUAUCUCUUCAUCUCCUCCUCCCCGCGUAAACUCUACCUCUGUCUGUAAACCCUAAUUCGCUCCGUUCAUUCGUCUCCUCCUCUAAGCAUUGUUCUCAGAGCUUAUUGAGUUUCUUUUUGAACAGGUUUAAGAAUGAAUAGCCAGCCAUCAUCCAGUGGAUAUCCGCAUACAAGAGUUGAUAAAGAGACAGGAAUGAAAGUUACAGAAAAUGGUGGGAAAGCUGGAAGUGUGGACACCCCUUCUCGUGAUCCGUUCGUGUACCUCACAACUUGUAAGAUCGGGCAUCAUGUCGAAGUUCAGCUGAAAAAUGGGUCGGUUUACAGUGGAAUCUUUCAUGCUGCUGAUGUGGAGAACAAUUUUGGAAUUAUUUUGAAAAUGGCAAGCUUGAUAAGGGAAGGCAGUGUACGAGGGAUGAAACCCCUUGUGUUUGUGUUUCUAUAACCCCGAGCUCCUCUUGUCAGCAAGCCACCUUCAAAAGUAUUCAUUAUCCCUGCUGACGAAGUUGUGCAAGUUAUAGCUAAGGACCUUCCUGUGUACAGCAAUAACGUCUCAGAAUGCGAGAAACCGUCAGAGCUGUUGACAGACUCUUCAAUCUCACAGUCUUAUCAUGUUGAUUCGGAAAGAGAGCUGCAACGUUGGGUACCUGACGAAGAUGUUCCAGAUUGUCCUGAUCUGGAAAACGUGUUUGAUGACCCUUGGAAGAGGGGCUGGAAUCAGUUUGAGGUCAAUGAGACAUUGUUUGGAGUGACGAGCACUUUUGACGAGGAACUGUACACCACAAAACUCGAGAGAGGUCCUCGUACGAGGGAGCUAGAAGAGCAGGCCUUGAGGAUUGCUAGAGAGAUCGAGGGUGAGAAUACCCGAGAUCUCCACGUAGCAGAGGAGAGAGGGCUUGAGCUUAGUGGGAAGUUUGAUAUUGACGAGGAAACUAAAUACUCAUCGGUAUGUCCAGCUAAUGGAUUUGAUGAUUCGGGUUAUGACGAGGAAGAAGAAAUUCUGUUGGAUUGCCGUAUUAAUUUGACGUUUGGUGAUUCAACAACUGGUUCUAAUGGCAUCAAAUCUGCUUCAGCUGGCAAAGAUAUUCCUACUCCAAGUCCAGGCAGCAAUAUCAGGAAUGAGAGCCAGCUUGCGGAGCAGAGAAACGGUAAAAUUCUAGAGUCAAAGCCGUCCGAGGAAUCAGUGUCUGGUCUUGAUGAUACUAAGGCAGACGCAGCAGCCUCUGAUCCGGCUUGUGUAAUCAAGUCGUCUGGAAGCUCCAUUUCUAGAAAUCCAGAAAACUCUGCAGCUUCCUCAACAUCAAGUCGUCCAAUACUAUCACCAAGCUCUUCUAUUGGGUCUUAUUCUUCAGAAAAGUCCACACUCAACCCAAAUGCUAAGGAAUUUAAGCUUAACCCCAACGCAAAGAGUUUCAAACCAUCUCCAACAGCUAUACGGCCUCAAUCUCCAGCUCCAGAAGGAUCAUUCUAUUACCCUCCCGUUCCACAGAUGACCGGAAUACACAUUGGAUAUGGAAUGGGAGCAGCAUUCCCUGGACAACAACCUAUGGUGUAUCAUAAUACAAUGCAGCCUGGUCCAAACCAAACAUUUUAUCCUCCAAAUGGUCCACAGUACCACCCACAACAAAUAAUGGUUGGUCAGCAGAGACCGGUUCUGUUCAUGCCGCCGUCCCCAUACCAACCGGAGAUGCCAUAUAAAGGAAGAGACUCUUAUUAGCUUUUGACCAAAUUAUGAAUGGUGGUGGCACAAAGGUUUCGAAUAAUCUUCUGAUGGAAUGGGGUUUCCAGCACCGAAUCUUUAAUUUGUUUUAAUAUGAUAAAUUGUUUGAUGGUCCAUGGGAGAUAUAUUGAACA